GGCUGCUCGCUCUAGAAGAUAGUUAAAAAUACUUAAUAUUGGUGUGUUAAAAACUCGUCAAUUGUUUCUCAAUAUGCAGGAUCAAAUGUGCAGCUCCGAAGUGAUAAAACGGAACCGUCUCUGAAUUCAGCCGCACACACGCGUAAGAAACAGGAAGCCAAAUCAGAAUUACCAGCCUAAACAGCGGAAACAAAAUCGAAAUGAGCGGCCGGGGUAGCCGUAAACGUGGUCGGCCGCCAAAGACGCCGAACGAGCGGGCAUCAGGACGAUUCAGUUACCAACUGCUGAAGAAGCCAAAAUAUCUUAGUGAGGGUAAGUCGCAGCCCAGCACUCCGUCAGCCUCCAGGGGCAUUUCCCCGCAGAGCGACGAGGGCAGCCGGAGCAGCCACAACAAUCACAACCGCAGCAGUCGAGGUAGCGCCGCAAAGAGGGGACGCGGACGCAAGUCAACUGUGCAACCCAAUACAAGCAGUUACGCCGGCAGGAAAGGGUACGAGUCAGAAUAUCACUACGGGUCGGAUUUUGGAGAUUCCGAAGAAGAUAAGUCAGAAAAUGAGGAUGAUAUGCUACUCACCCCCAGCGAUGACGAAAGCCUGGACGCAGCAAACGAAAGCGAAUCCGAAUUCUCCGUCUGCAGUUUUAACCAAAACGGAUCUGGACGGCCUCCGCGUCCGCCCAGUCCGGAACCCGUAUGGCUGCAAGAAGGGCGGCAGUAUGCAGCGCUAGAACUACCGGAGUCUUCGGAGGAUUUGUCCAUAGCUAAUGCCCACGUUUUACGCGCCCUCAGUAUCUAUGAAGUACUUCGGCGUUUUCGCCAUUUGGUGCGCUUGUCGCCAUUCCGAUUUGAAGACUUUGCUGCAGCGCUUGCGUGUGACGAGCAGAGUGCUCUAUUGACGGACAUUCACAUAAUGCUGCUGAAGGCGAUCCUACGAGAAGAGGACGCGCAGGGCACACAUUUCGGUCCGCUGGAUCAAAAGGAUACUGUUAACAUUAGUCUGUAUCUGAUAGACACUAUAACGUGGCCGGAGGUCCUGCGCAGCUACGUAGAAAGUGACAAGACAUUUGAUCGGAAUGUGUAUCACAUUUUGAGUAGAACAGAAUACCCUUACACGGCCAUUGACAACCGACUCGAAGUGCUCCAGUUUUUGGCAGACCAAUUUUUAACUGCCAAUUCCGUACGCGACGUAAUGCUCCAGGAGGGGCCGAUUCAUUACGAUGAUCAUUGCCGCGUAUGCCAUCGACUCGGAGAUUUAUUAUGCUGUGAAACCUGCCCGGCCGUCUAUCACUUGGAAUGUGUUGACCCACCAAUGAAUGACGUGCCAACUGAGGACUGGCAGUGCGGACUUUGUCGAUCACAUAAAGUCAGUGGUGUAAUCGACUGCGUGCUUCCCCAGGAAAAACAGGGAGUCCUGAUCCGUCAUGACAGUCUGGGUGUUGAUCGUCAUGGGCGCAGAUAUUGGUUUGUUGCACGCCGUAUUUUCAUCGAAGACCAAACGGACUGCAGCUGUUGGUACUACAGUACGACCAGUAAGUUAAAAUUGUUGCUCAAACGAUUGGAUCCCGAAGAACUGGAAACUCGUCUGCAUGCCCAGCUGAUGGAGCGCAGGGAUGAAAUUGAGCGCCAAAUGAAACUGACUGAGACGCUAACUAAUGAGCACAAGCACACCAAGCGAAGUCUGAUUGAGAUUGAACAAGAGGCUACAAUUGAACAAAUUGAAAAAGAGGCAGUGGACGCGGUAGCUGAGGAGGGUGAUACCAAAUCUGAAAGCCAAUAUGCAGAGGGUACAAAGAAACAGGAGGAAAGCAAAAUGGUCACGCGACAGAAGUCGAAUCAGUUGAGCAACGGCACGCUUUAUUUUAAGCUUGGAAUGGAGCAAGGAUUCAAAAAUUACAUCAAUCAGUAUUCCACAAAUCCCAUUGCAUUAAACAAGCCGCAGCGGAACGAGGAACGGGACAAGCGCCGUCAUCUGUCUCACAAGUUCUCGCUAACGACUGCCUCCGACUUCAAAUGGAUUGGCAUUACUAUGGGAUCAACGGAGAAUAUGAUUACAACACUCAGGCAAACUCUAAUCAACUUUGAAUCGAAUAUAGCGGCCCCUUUCCUAAAUCCCAACUGGGUGGUUAAUAAGAAAGUUUGGAAUAAUGCUGUCCUGAACGCCCGGCGCGCAACGGAUUUUGCGGCUGUAUUGUUGCUGUUUCAAUCAUCCCUAAAGAGCGUUGUUUUCGCCAAUGUUUGGCACGAGCAACUGGGCCACACAACUCUACAGCGUAUAACCAGUGCCGAACGGGAAGAGCGCAAGAAGUUGGAGAAGCGAGAGAAACGGGAGCGGGAUGACGAGGAAGAGCGAAACCGUUUGGCUUUCAACUACAUCAAAUAUUCCCUCGGUCUCAAGCACCAGGUCUGGAAACAAAAAGGUGAAGAAUAUCGUGUGCAUGGACAGUGGGGCUGGCUCUGGCUUUCGAGCAGCCGACGCUGCGGAGUUCGUGCCAGACGAGCUCAACCGAUGCUGCAUAACAGAGUGUACGUGCAUUACACCAUGGGCGAAGAAAAGGCCGUCAAUGAAAUUAUAUUGGUCGACCCACGAACGCAGCGUUUUAUGCAGCAAUGUGAGUCAAGCAAUGUAGAUGGUCAGGUGUGCCAUUAUUUACCAGAGCAAUAUACAAAUGUAAAAGUAAUUGAGGAUAUUAAAGACAAGGUUAAGGGCUCUAUAGAUGUCAGUAAAGCCCUCAGUGCUCCAGGCCGAAUUUACUACCCUAAAGUGGCUCGAAAAUGUCGGUUAGACGAUCUAUUGGAGCGCCGCAUAAAAUUGGCCGAGGCCGAGGAGCAAAUUGCUGGCAAAGUGGAGAUCGAUCAGAAGCCACUGCUAACUUCGUAUACCCCAAAUGCAGCCAAUAGCAAGCAAACGUAUCUGGAGAAACGUCUACUUCGCCUAACUGAAGUCGCCGCCAAGGGUGGUCCUGCCAACGUAAACCUUGAGCUUGUGAACUCACUUGCUAAACAAAUUCAGACGGUGCGCCUACAGUUUAGUCAACUGAAUCGUUUCGCAAAGACUUUCCGUUGCUACACAAAGGAAUGUAACACAAAUUCGAACGCCGUAUCUCAAAUAACACAAAAUACGUGCUACUCGCCGUUGUGCCUCCAGAAAGCGCGGGCUAAGAAGGAACUCCUACUAUUGUUGCGAAAGGCUCACACUGCGGGGAAUGGCUCGAAGGAGACAGUCGCGGCCAUAUUGGGAGCUGUUAAGAAACCGUCUAUUCUCGAGCAGAAGCUUACAGAGGGCAAAAGGGAUUCAACCCAGCUUGCUUCAGAUGAAUCGGAAGAUGGAAAAUCUCCAGAAUCCGAAGCGCCGCUGGAUUUACUCCACGAUUGGGAGCAGGCGAGAGCACAUGCUGUGCAUUUUACAGAUGACUAUUUAGCCGACUUCUUGAUUACGGAACCCGAUUCUGCCAACACAAAAAUUAAGGACGAAGAUAAUCCAGACUCAAACACUCAAGAUUCUGACAAAAUGGACUACAUCGAGAGCAUGGAUGUUUGCAGUAAUGUUGAAAUCGAGAGCACUGAAGAUUCCAUAGUAGCUGGAUUAACGUCAGCAUGUGCUGGUGGUAAUGCUGAAGAUGUUGACAUGACUCCCGGAUGGCGGCGAAAACGCAACCAGAAAUCUAAAAAGUCGUAUAUUGGUACAAAAGAUGUGUUGGAUCAAACUUUGGAUAAGGAUAUACCGCUCAACAAGCAGAAUCGAAGGUUUCCCAUAACUCCUCGUCCAGUUAAGCGUGAGAGUGUAAAGAAGUAUGAAAAGGAGUAUUAUGAGAAUGGAACGGAACGCAUAUAUUCAGCAAAUUCUCCUCGGGGUCGGAUUUACCUCCUCAAUGACACAGCCAAAUUGUAUGAGCAAGCUGUUAAGAUCGAGGACAAAGCAACAAUUUCUAAGAAGCCGGCGUAUUCGAGGUACCCCCUCAUUUCUACUUUCCUUACUCAUAAAAAGAAGCGUAGCCUCUUGGUGUUACCUCGUUUCGAGCUUCUUAAGUUGGCACGACUAGGCGGAAAAUCCACCGCUAGUGGUUUCCAUCAUGCUGCUAAAAACAACACUAUUUGGCAAUACCAAUGCUCCCGUCCCCUAUUUCGAACAUGCUGGUCUUAUCGCACGUCCAACGCCACAACUUUGUCCAGCCUAGCUCUGCAGCUGCGAAUACUGUGGUCUUGUCUUCGCUGGGACGACAUGAUAGCGAAGCCACCGUCCGCAGAUGGCAAGCAUCAGGUAACGACGGAAACUGAGAUCGUCACCUUGGAAUUGCUAAAACUUCGACAUGCUGGCCGGUACGGUGAAAAAACGAGUUAUUUACGGCGAAAAGUUGUCAUCCCGCUUGAAAUGCCAAAGACUAUAAGAGAAGUAACAUCCAUAAGGUCCGGACUUCGAAAACGAAAACGCGCUGAGUCCCCUCAGCCAACCGAGCCACAGAUUAGCGAGGAAUGGGUUGAGGAAGAUAAACUAGAACUAUGGGAAAUCAAAUUUAUUGGCGAAAAACAGGAAAAGGCACGACUAUCAACAGUGACGCGGUCCGUGGCAUCCCGUCAAAUAGAAGCAAGUGGCAAUAAUGGUUCAAGCACUUCAAACAAUGAAACUCCAAGUGGAUCUGGCCGAGUCCAAUUGGCGCCGAAGUCGAGCGAAGAUGUUAAAGAAAAAAUGGAACAACAAUUGAAGUUGCAACGCGCUGUUCACCAGCAGCGAAAACUUGUCGGCACUACCGAGGCCACUCGUUCCAUAACCCCAGUCAAAGGACAGGUUAUUGGCAGCAGGCGCGUCAUUGUGAAGAAUCCCGAUGGCACAACACGAAUUAUUCAGCAGGCGGUGACACAGGUUGCUCGCACACCAGCUGGAAAUACAUCGGCAGCAUCUGGUUUCUCUGCUGCAGCUAGCACGUCUAGCACACAAUCUACACCAUCUACCCCCACUCCACACAAGGUACAGAUCAUAAGAGGACCAGAUGGUAAAGUAAGUGUUCGGGGACUUAACCCUGGACAGCAACUUGUUCAAAUGCCAGAUGGUAAACUGCAUGUACUAACUACCACAAGUACAUCAUCAAAUGCAUCGGCACAAGGAAACAAGAUCAAAAUGCCUAUUAAGGCUGUGUCGACUCCUUCAUCGCCAGCAGUGACAUCUACAGCUACUGCCACGACGCCUGGAACUCCUCUAAUCAAACAAAUCGCAGUUAAGCAUGUCACGAAAACGGCUGGAACCCAAUCAAUGGCUUCAUCACAACGAGUCGCUUUACCGCUUGCUCAAAUAAAAAAUAAACUGUUGCUAGCCCAGCAGCAGCAACAAGCAGCGGCUUCUGCCUCAUCUACAUCAUCGCCGUCCUUACAAAAAACUGUGUCAAAGGUGGUUAACACGUCUGCAUCUGGCCAAAACGUGCAACAAGUCUUCGUCCAAUCUGGAUCUAAAUUUGUGGUUGGUCAGAAUGCUCAAGGACAAAAGGUUAUUAUAUCUACAUCGUCUGCGCAACCACAAGGAUCCUCGCCAGUGCAACAGCAGCAACUUGUGCAAUCUCAAGUCCUUUCACAACAAAUUCAGCAGGCACCCCAGCAGCAAUCGCAGCAAAUUGCUCUUAAUCAGGUCGGAAGUCAACCCACACAAAAGGUUAUUCAGCAAAUUGUAAACACGAGCAAUGUGCAACAGCAGAUUGUAGUGGGUGGACAACGCAUUAUAUUGAGCCCUGGUCAAACUAUAGUUACUCAACGAAAUGUCCCGCAGAGUCAAGCCCUGCAGAUGGUGCAGCAGCAGAUUCAAACUCAACAGCAGCAACAACAACAGCAGCAGCAGCAGCAACAUAUCGUUCAGCCACAGCAACAAUUUGUUGUUCAAACGAACCAAGUUCUUCAAUCCUCACCGAGUACUCAACCGAAGUUGGUUAAACAGCUUGUAGUACAACAACAAUCACAGCAGCCGGCUGAGGAGAAGGCUCAGAUCAACAGUGCCGAGGCGAAUGAAUCUGGAAUACAACAAGUGCUUGUUCCAAACUCGACCCUAGCUCAACAGUUGGCACAGGGAAAACUGCAGGUUGCCACGGUGAAUGGCCAACAAGUUAUAGUGAAACCAUUGGGAAAUAAUCAGGCGCAAAUCGUGGCACAUGUCAAGCACCAAGGCGAUGGAAACGCUCACAUCGUAACCAAUAAUUCAUCAACAGCAACACAGGCAAGUCCGCAGAGCUCACCAGUCAAACAGCAGCAGGCCGUCCCGUCACAGAGCCCACAGCAAGUGGUUGUCCAGCAACAGCAAAUCCAGCAGCAGUCAACCACGAGUUAUGAGGGAUCCGUAAGCUCAUUGCCUUCACAGCAGCCUAUUGUAUCUCAACCAGUGCAGGGACAAACCCAACAGCAGCCUAUGAGUGUCGAAGAAAGUCUCCUUCAAAACCAGCCUCCUGGGACAGUUAUAAAGUGUGUUACCGCUCAAGUUUUGCAAACCGAGCACGGUCCCCGCAUUGUCUUGCAAGGCCUGGUAGGCAACGACUUCACAGCACAACAAUUGCAAUUAGUGCAGACACAGGUGAAGCAGCAGCUAAUGAAAGCCCAAGAGUCAAACGGAAAGCUCGGAGUUUUGGGGCCAACCAAAAUUUACCUGGCCGUACAGCCGGAAACGGCAGUUCAAUCGCAACCGCCUCCUCUCACCCCAGUACACCAAUCGGCUACCCAUCAACAAAUUACUGAUAUCAUUUCAAAUGCCCAUGUGGCGGAUGCAAAUUAUAUGUCGUAUGACAUGCAGGAAGAAGACGAAGAGGAAGACGACGAUGAUGAAAUUAUCGUUAUCUGCAGUCCUCCGAAUCAAGUUUUGCCCCCAUUCCAAAAUGAAGUAACCAAUGGUAGCAUUUUGUUAAAUGAUCCGUGCUGCAACAAAAUUAGUCUUCAAGAUCAAGACAAUAACGAACAGCAUCGCCUAAAAUAUGAAAGUGAAGACCUUAAACGAUGUUCAUUGCAGACCAACAUCGACAACGACGCCACUGCGCAAACCACUACUUAUGAAGCCAGUCCAACUAUUAGAAUAAAUUCCAUAAACAAUGGCAAUGAGCAGGAGCAUAGUAAAUGUGCACAAACCGAAAACACUAAUAUUACAAUUAACAAGCCCUCUGUCGGUGCUUCUUCCCUAUUAGAGGGCCUAGAGCAAAGCGAACCGUCAAACCAUACCGAUACUGAGUCACCUACAACAGGCGUGGAGGAUAAACAGAGCGAAAGUUUUGUUGUCACAAGCGGUUAUAUACAGCAGUCAAUUUCAAAUGCCCUUAGGCAGGGUAAUUUAAGUCCAGAACUUGAGGAAAAAUUGGUUAAUAUGCAGAAACAACAAGAACAACAAAACGCAAACAGUUCGGACAAUUGGGAAAGUGCAAACGACGAAGUACGUACACCAAGUCGCCGGAACAUUUUGUCGCGCCAGCAAAACAAUGACAACGUUGAAUGGAAAGCUCGGACACCUUUAAGGCGCCCAAAUGCCAUGACUACUUGCAGCCAAUUCAAUCGUGUCCUCAAAAAAAGCCGUAGGCCGAAUGAAGAUGUUGAAGAACUCGAAGAGGAAAAACAAUCAAAACUAGAACGGCACAAGGAACUGCUCAAGAAAAGUAUCUUACGAAAGCGCUCUUUAUUAGAACGUAAUUUACAAAACGAAAUACGAGAAGAGGUACAAACUAAAGUCCAGCGUCAUGGACGUCCAAUGAGUAUUGCAUCACCUGAGGAGCAAAGCGAGAACGAACGAAGCUACUCUGAUCGUCGUAGGGAUUCAGAUGUCGACUUUAAACGAUCCGAGCCAAAUUCCCACAACAACAGGCAUGGUGUAGGCCGGCCUAAGAAGUUGACAAAAAGAAGGGAGAAGCUUUAUUGCAUCUGCCGUACUCCGUAUGAUGAUACAAAGUUUUACGUAGGCUGCGACUUAUGCAGCAAUUGGUUUCAUGGCGACUGUGUCAGUAUUACGGAAGAAGCAUCCAAAAAACUGUCCGAAUUUAUUUGCGUUGAUUGCAAGAAGGCGAGGGAAACUCAGCAGCUUUAUUGCAGCUGCCGUCAACCUUACGAUGAAUCGCAGUUUUAUAUAUGCUGCGAUAAAUGCCAGGACUGGUUCCAUGGCCGUUGCGUUGGAAUUUUGCAGAGUGAAGCCGAGUUUAUUGAUGAGUACGUGUGCCCUGAGUGUCAACGAAAAACAGAUGCAAACUCUGCUAAUAUGAAGACUCUGACUGUGAAUGAAAUUCAGGAGUUGAAAACUUUAAUCAAGCAAAUACAGCUACACAAAAGUGCUUGGCCAUUUAUGGAACCGGUUGAUCCGGAAGAAGCACCGGACUACUAUAAAGUAAUUAAGGAGCCAAUGGAUCUCAAGAAAAUGGAAAACAAACUGGAAUCAAACGCCUACACAAAACUAGCCGAAUUCAUAGGCGAUAUGACAAAAAUCUUUGACAACUGCCGGUACUACAACCCAAAGGAAUCAUCCUUUUACAAGUGUGCUGAAGCGUUAGAAUCAUAUUUUGUGCAAAAGAUAAAAACUUUCCGCGAAACUGUGUUUGGUCAGAGUAGUUAAAAAAUCUAUGCCAGCCCAGGCCGCAGUUUAGUGUGUAAAUGUAACAUCAAGCAGCAAUAUACGCCCUUUCAUCUUUAUUUAAUAACAAAAAUACAUGUUUGAUGACAUUUGCAUUCUAUAUUAGCGGAAAAAAGUAAUUUAUCAGUUUUAUAUCUUAACCUAUGUACAUAAUAGCGGUAUAAAUUCAGCAUAUAUAAAUGCAUUUUAUAUGCAGAUGUCAUAUUUUGGUUACUAGACAUUAGAAAGUUUAAGACAAUUAUGUUAAGUAAUCCUUUUGUACAGAAAAGUAAAAUGUAAAUAAACUGCAUUUGUUUCAA